AUGUCGACCAACAACAUCGCGCCGCAUGAGGCACAGCGGGACCACGACAGCGUCUCGAUUGCCGCCCCCACGGUACAUGCCCCGAGCGACGCAUCUCGUCAGGUGGAGAGACAGGAUGGCAACCCCGAGGACCCACCUCCUCGUCGACCAGGCAUGUCGGAUCGACAGUACUCUACCCACAUCUACACCCUCGGAAGACAGCACGUUCGGCCUUUGGCUGGUGGAUUGGAUACGCCUGAGCAGGCUUAUCUGCCUACUGGCGGACCCGAGCUCUUGCCAGCUGAAGCCCUCGUCACCAUCGAACCAAGCAGUGGACCGAAGUGGUGGAAUCGUCUUCGCCAUGGAGUUUUCUCGACUUAUCGUCGCCUCUGGACUCUGGUGCUGCUCGGAAACCUCGCCGCCCUCCUGUACUGCAUCUGGCUGAGUACACAAGACCUCGACCACAUCUCGUACAGCAACGUUGCUACAGCCGUGGCGACCAAUCUCUUCGUUGGCACUUUGAUGCGCCAUGAGCACUGCGUCAACUUCCUCUUCCGCAUCUUUGUGGCUCUGCCUCACUGGCUACCAGUCAGUGUUCGACGCCUCGCCGCGAAAAUCUACUGCUACGGCGGCAUACACAGCGCUUGCGGUAUCAGCGGUCUGGCAUGGUACAUCUACUUCCUAGCGAUCUUGUCUCUGCAGGUGCACCAUUGGACAGCAGCCCUCAUAGCCGUCGCUACCCUAGCAGGCGUGGUGGUGUUACUACUCACCACCAUGGUCAUCACCUCACACCCCUUCAUGCGCUUCAAGUUUCACAAUCAGUGGGAGAUCAUGCACCGCUUCUUCGGCUGGAGCUGCAUCGGCAUGAUCUGGGCGCAAAUCAUCCUCAUCGCCUGCGCAAACGCCUACCACUACAACGGCAGCGUCGGCCAUGCCCUCCUCGUCACGCCCGCCUUCUGGUUCCUCAUCGCCAUCACCGCGCUGAUCAUCUACCCUUGGCUGCGCCUCCGCCGCAUGACCUUCUCCGCCGAGCAACUCUCCAGCCACGCCAUCCGCCUCUGGUUCAACGACUCCAAGCGCAUCCUCCCCCUGACCGUCGGCAUCCGCCUCUCAACCUCACCCAUGACGGAAACGCACGCCUUCGCCACCAUCCCCAACGCCGACAACGCGCCCGGCUUCUCCGUCCUCAUCUCCAACAGCGGCGACUGGACGAAGCGAAUCAUCACCAACCCGCCCGCCUACCUCUGGGCGCGAGGAGCGUACACCGUCGGUGUCCUGCGCGUGGCCAUGCUUUUCAAGCCCAUCGUCAUCGUCGCCACCGGCUCCGGAAUCGGCCCUUGCCUCUCCUUCCUGCAAGUCCACCCGGACUGGCCCUGCCGCGUCGUGUGGUCCGCGCGCUUCCCCGAGGCGACGUACGGCCGCGGCGUCAUGGAGAGCGUGUUCCGCGCGGAUCCCAACGCGGUCGUCAUCGACACGAAGAAGACGGGGAAGCCGGAUCUCGUGGGGAUUGUACACUCCGUGUACAAGGAGCUGAACGCGGAGGCCGUGGCCAUCAUAAGCAACCCGAUGGCGACGAGGGAGGUCGUUUUCGAGUUGGAGACUAGAAGUAUCCCGGCUUUUGGGGCGAUUUUUGAUUCUUGA